CGGAGCCGACCGUGCACCACCAGAGAGAAGCCGGGCUCGGCGGGUCGCGCAUAUCGCUUGGCGAAGCAAAAAUCGGACCGGGUCUUGAUCGAGUUCGCGUUCGCGUAACAACGGGCCGACGUUGACGACCUCGAUCGCAGAGCGUAUUAUGUAAAGGGGGAUGUUGCUCUCGUCGUCGUUUCCCUACAUCGUUACGAUAUACGCGCGCCGUGUUGGUUGUCGCUGCUGCUGCCGCUGCUGCUGCUGCUGAAGUACCGCACACAGGAGAGAGGCCGCGCGGAGAGGUGUCUCUCCGACGACGAUGCGAAGAGACGCGUCUGACGAGACGACAACGGACGACGAGCGAGGAUCGCAGACGAUUCCGGUGAGACACAUAGACGAGCACGACGAGCACCGACAGAAGCAUCCAUGGAACUAAAAAUCUUGCUGUGGAUUCACAUCGUAGGAAUUUGCUCGGGUCUGCGGGAGGUGCGCAUCCAGAUUCCAAUGGCUGUGAGAAAGGGCGAGACGGGGACGCUGAAUUGUUGGUACGAUACCGAGGGUGAUCCUCUGUACGCCGUCAAAUGGUACAAAGGAAACCAGGAGUUUUAUCGUUAUGCCCCGAACGAGAACCCGGCCAUCAAGACUUUUCCCAUUGAAAAUCUGACGGUGAAGAAAACCGAGAGCAACGCGACGCAAGUCGUGCUGACGAAGUUGGAAUUGGAAGCGGCAGGCGAAUACAGCUGCGAGGUAUCAGCGGACGCACCUUCCUUCCACACGGCUACGAGGUCCGCGAAGAUGAACGUUGUCGAAUUGCCGUCUGAGAUGCCGUCGAUACAGGGACUAAAGAGGAAAUACCGCGUCGACGAAACGCUGCGUUUGAACUGCACAUCCGACCGGAGCAAGCCCGCCGCGAAUCUCACUUGGUAUAUCAACGAUCGGCAGCCUCUCAAGUCGUACGUUCGUACAUACAGUCCGAACAGCCUCGACACGAACGACUUGGACGGGCAGAUCUCGCAGAUCGGGCUCCAGUUUCUGGUUACGCACGAUCACUUCAUCAGCGGCAAGCUGAAGAUACGUUGCAGCGCGUCAAUAUACGACAUUUAUUGGCAGAGCACGGAAGUCAGCGCCGAAGAGGAUCGGCCGAAGGUGACGCUUUACGAGCCGCCGGCCGCGACCAUCGUCGGCAUCAACUACUUGCAGCCACCGCCGAAUUUUCAGACCGGUCAGAAGAAGCCCGACGGGCAGGUUGGGGUGAGAGUGUUGGGAUCGUCCGCGGUGAAUCUGCGACCGUUGGCGAGACUCGUUUUGGAAUUGUUUGCGCUUCUUCUAAUCGCCAUUCGUUAAAAAGCAUAUAGUGCAUCGUUCGAGAAACGCGCUUUGGAACACUUUGCGUACGUCAACGUGCUUGUGAGAAGAGAACGAGAAGGAGGAGGAGGAGUAGGUUGAAGUGCAGGAGAGCUCAAGAGACGCGCUUUGUGCAAUGAUGACGUUUCCUCUACGGGAUCGCCUCGGAUCGCCACGACAGCGGCAAUAUACACGAUCGGGAGUGAAUACAGGGAACCUCCUUCAAGGGCCAACGUCAAGGUGGUGAAACGUGAAAGGCUCGGUUCGAAUGGCAGAGGGAAUGGAAGUGACGGGGCGCGACUGUGAAGAGGAGAGUUCGAUCCGCUUCGGGAGAAAGGUCGAGAGAAAGGAAGACUCGAGGACGAUACCGAGAGAAAGAGAUAAAGCUCUCCCGAUGAGAUGAUUUAUUCGACGUUCAUUCUCAUCCGAUGAUCAACGAAUGUCCAAAAAAAAAAAAAAAGCACUACAGCGA